AUGACCGGGCCUCAGGGCACCUUUACCAGUCCCGGCAGUUCCGUUGGGACUGAGGACUUCAGCAGCAUUGUCGCUUCAUUGAAUAGCGAAUACAGUUUGACAACCGGCGGUACCAGUACCGCAACUCAAACAUCCGACCAAACCUCUAGUACGGGAACGAAUUCCGCUGCUGCAACCGCUGCAACUGCUACAACAGGCUCUACGCCUAUAACUUCACAGACCACAUUUUCUACCUCUACCUCUACCUCUACAACAGCAACCGUCGCGGCAACCUCGACUUUGCCGCAAAGCGUCACCAGUACCGCCUCGAACGCUGCGAGCAGUACCACGGGCGCAGUAACCGUAUCCGAAAAGUCAUGUAGCAGCCUCUCCUGUCAUCCAGCGCUGAAAGCCGCCAUCGCCGUACCUAUUGUCAUUGCAGCCCUUGCCGGACUGUUUCUGCUGUUCUUUUACGCCAGGAGGAGGAGAAGGAAGGAUGGCGUGGUGGUAUCGGAGAAGAAACCGAAGAAAGCGGGCAAAGGGGGUUGGUCCAGACACCUGCGCGCAUUCUCUUUCGAUGCAGAACUACUCAUGGGUGGUCGUUUCUCUGGCACCAACAGCAUGCGCAGUCGAGAUCCGAGCGUCCGAAGUGCAGGCACCAACUCUCGGACAGGAGGUGCCAGCGUCGAGCCGAGCUUGCACAGCAUCGACGAAGUCGCUCCCCCCUACCGAGACGCUAUAUCGCAUGCUCAAGUACCAACCUCGAUACAGACUGGCGCCGUUGCUCCUGUCGUAGCGGGAGCGGCAGUAGCAUCAGCAUCUGACCCUAUUCCCCGCUCAACUUCAACUGCCACGGCACCUCCGCCGUAUCGCGCAGUCGUCGCCGAUACAAGAUCACCCCUUACUCCAGUCUCAAGAAACCCAUUUGCGGACUCAGCACCUGUCAGUCCUAUUGAGGGCUCUCCUUUCAAUGAUCCCCCCGAUGACGAUGGGCAGAGACCUGCCUUGAGUCGAGGGUCAUCUCUAUAUCGGAGUGUCAAUACCGAAGACGGAGCACCCUCGGAUGCAGGCAGCAUACGAGAGGCACAGGUUGGAAGGCGGGUAUCAGUCAGGACGUCCGGCACACCGCCGCGCAGUUCCACUUAG